UUCAGUCAGUUUUAGUUGACGAGUCGACUUUGAAGUUGAAACUGGGUACAAGAUGAUUCUUUUUCAUGCAAUUGUUGCAUGCCUAAUUAUUGCAGCAUGUACAACUUCAUCAUCUGGAAGCUCUGUUCCGCACGUAAAACUAGCAACAGGUGAACUGGAAGGGUUGAUUGGUGUUUCAAGGAGUGGAAGAGAAUUUCACAAGUUUUUGAGCAUUCCUUACGGCAAAGUUUCGAAACGAUUUGCGAUAUCGGAGCCUGCAGAUCCAUGGAGUGGUGUGAAGAAAGCCAUCGAUUCGGGCGAAGGAUGUAUAUCCUACGACAUGUUUGGUGGUGUUUCUGGCAGUGAAAAUUGUCUCACUCUCGACGUUUACAAACCUAUCACCAACUCGAGCAAUGGUGAAAGCAAACUACUGGAAGUUAUGGUUUGGAUUUACGGUGGUGGGUUUAUCUCUGGAUCAACGGAAUCCUACGAUGGAAAUUUCUUCAUGGACAAGGACGUCGUUCUCGUCUUGAUGAAUUAUCGUUUAGGAGCGAUAGGAUUCCUGAAUCUGGGCACCCCCACCGCUCGUGGGAACCAAGGAUUAAAGGACCAAGUUCUGGCCCUCCGCUGGGUACAGGACAACAUCGCUCACUUUUCUGGGGACAAGGAGAAGGUGACAAUUUUUGGAGAAAGCGCGGGGUCCGUGUCCGUCUCCCUGAUGCUGACCUCGCCGAUGACGAGGGACGCUGGGUUGUUCCACCGAGCAAUCAUGCAGAGCGGAACUUCUCUCAUGCCCGCCAUCUACAAUGGAGCGGAUGGGCCCACUCUGGCCAGAAGAUUGGGUCAGGCUGUGGACUGCCCCACCAGCAACGACGACUACUUGGUGGAAUGCUUGCAAAAGAUUGAUCCCAAAAUUUUGGGGGGAUUUGGAAAAUUCAACGACGAGUUUGGAUAUGACGAAAACGCCAUAAUCGUCGGACCGUCAUUUGAAAUAUACAAGCAAGGGGAAAAUGACGACAGAAUAUUCAUGAGUGAAGAUCCCUACGUUUCCGCGAAAAAUGGAAAAAUUGCAAAAGUUCCCACAAUAAUUGGGCUCAUGCACACGGAGAGUGGGUGGAGUGCAUUGCCUGUAAUUAACAAUUCGACCACGUUGAAUCGCUUAAAUUUUCAAUGGACUCGUCGGCUGGCUUCGAUGCUGUACAUGAGUAAAACGGCAGAAGACCCGGGUUCCAUCAGCGAACGUAUAAAGCAACAAUUUUUCGGUGGAAAGAAAGUUUCUAAUGACAGCCAGGGCGUAGCAGAAUUAGAGCAUUUGUUAGACGAGAGACAUUGGAUUCAUCCCGUUCGUAUCUUGGCCCCACAGCUUUUCAAGCAUAAUGGAGGGUUUGUGUAUCUUUACAAUUUCACGAAACCCAUGCUUUCCCUUCCACCACCGUUCGGAAAUGGGCUACAAAGAAAAGCAAGUCAUGGGGAUGAUGUCAAGUUCUUUUUCGGGAUUCGCGGAUAUUUUGCCAAGUUUAUGCCAGGAUUAAACGAGGACGAAACUAAACUAUCGAAAACUUUGGUUGAUAUGUGGGUAGAAUUUGCCAAACAAGGAAAACCGAAACCGCUGUGGGGAGCUGGUUCUGAGACUGGAGCAGAAACAAUAAAGCAUUGGCCUCCAGCUUUCACCACAAGUGACACAACAACAGUCGACCACCAACUUCCGACUUUCUUGUACGUUGAUGACGAACCAAACGUAAAUAAAGUUGGCGACUGGUACCAAAAUAACGGGCAAUUUUGGGAUGGGUUAAGCUUGAAGGAAUAUGGAAAGAAAUGGGUUUCUGAAAAUUAAUGAAAAAAAUACUGCAUCCUUACAAAUUUCUUGACAAGAUUUGCAAGUAUUGAAAAUGUUUCAUUUCAUCCAACUUUUAUUUGUGACAUAGUUAAUCGCCCAAUGCAAAUAAAUCGUGAUCAGUGAAAAUCUUGCGGAGAA